CCCAACCCCAACCACGGGGCAACCCACGGCAGAACCCUCGGGCUAGUGAGGCGCGGCGCUGCCGGCGACGCGUUCGACGACGGCGGCCGUUUCCGGUUGGCUGUGGACAGGAAUCCCAAAGGAAACCAGUUGGGACAUGUCGAUGGCCGCGUUGGAGGAGCGUCUGCGACAGGAGAAGGUGAAGAAGUUUGAGGAUUUCGUUGACCGACGGCUCAAGCCUGAUCUUGUGAAUGCCAUUGCCCAGCGCGAUAACUUGUUCCAGCAGCAAAAGACCUUCUUGGAUUUGAAGCGAAAUAUUGAAAAUUUGGAAAAGAAUGGUGUAACCAGCAUGCGAUCCAUGGUCAAUAUUGGCUCUGAGGUGUACAUGCAGGCAGAAGUGCCAGACACGAGACACAUUUUUGUGGACAUUGGUCUUGGUUUUCAUGUGGAAUUUACAUGGCAAGAAGCUCUGCAGUUUAUUUCUGUAAGAGAAGCAAGGUUGGCGAGUCAAAUAGAUGAGUACACACACCUUAUCGCAGGCAUAAAAGCACAGAUCAAGAUGGUAUGUGAAGGUAUCCGCGAACUCCUGCAGAUACCAGCAGAGUGAGCGACCCAGAGAUACACACCACAACCUGAGGCUGAGAGGUGCUUGGUAGAGAAACGUCUAUAACUUGCCAUCGAUUUUGUAAGAUUCUUGGAGCAAACUGUUGCAAGGUGCAUGCCAAGAAUGCAUCUCCCAAUGUUUUCUCUAUGAGGCUUGUGUGACACUGGUUGCGGUGAAUCUUGUAGCUGAUCGAUAGGGUGUAUGUAGACUUGGUGGACGUUUGUAUUUACAACAUGAAUUUUCAGAGGAAUUGACGUGGCUGGCAUUUGGCUUGAUGAUA